ACGAUGGUCACUACAGCACAGUCCUCAAGCUCACCACAACCACCACAAGUCGGUACUCUCAUUGACAACGGCGUGCUGGAACUCGUCGAAGUCUUGGGAUACGGCGGCUAUGGCAUCGUCUACCGCGCAGUUGACACCUAUUCCUCAAAUCCCACCUCGUACGCAGUCAAAUGCCUUCCUCACUCAACGAAACGAAACGCAGCCCGCCAGCGGCAGCUGCACAUUCGCGAAAUUACCCUUCACCAGCUCGCUUCGGCACAUCCCGGUGUUGUGACCCUCCAUCGCGUUAUCGAAGACUCGCAUUUCACCUGGAUCGUCAUGGACUACUGUCCGGACGGUGAUCUCUUUACUCAGAUUCUCCAUAAUCGUAGAUAUCUUGGCAACAAUGAGCUCAUCAAGAAUGUGUUCCUUCAGCUGCUCGAUGCAGUCGAAUAUUGCCACUCGCUCAAUAUCUACCACCGCGACUUGAAGCCGGAGAACAUUCUCUGCUUCGAUGACGGUCUACGCCUCGCCAUCACGGACUUUGGUCUGGCUACCACAGAACGAAUGAGCACCGAGUUUCGCACGGGCAGUGUGUAUCACAUGAGUCCAGAAUGCCAGGGUGGGGAGUAUGCUCCUACGCGGAGUUACUCGCCGUUAUUCAACGACAUCUGGUCGCUCGGCAUCAUCUUGCUCAACCUCAUCACGGGGCGUAACCCAUGGAAGUCCGCGUCAGCGGAUGAUUGCACGUUCCAAGCGUACCUCAAGGACCCCGUCCGCUUCCUUCCGACCGUCCUUCCGAUCUCUGACGAGGUUAACGCGCUCCUCGUGCGCACGCUUGAGGUCGACUGGCGUCAUCGCAUCACGCUGCGCGAGAUGCGUCAGGCGGUUAAAGGUAUCCGCAACUUCUACUCGGAGGACGUUCUCUUUGAAGACAGCAUGGCGCGGUGCCCUUGGGAGGCCGGUGUCAACUGCGAGGAAGAGGACGACAGCGCGUCCACCGAGCCUGAGCCCGUGCAAGAGGCCAUCCCGGAGCCUCAGCCUGAAAUCGCGCAGGAGGAGUUUCCCAUCACUCCCGCUACCGACAAUGCAGAGUGGGGUGUCGACGGUGACUCAGAGAUGGUCUUCGCGACCCAACCCUCAGCGCAUUACUCUUGGGACGAUUAUGCGUCGUUCGAGAAGGCUAGCGCUGCACGCGAUUCUGGUCGCUCUAUGUCCCCCUCUCCUUCCCUGUCCCCGCGACGUCGGUUUGCCGACUCCAGGACACCCAGUGGACCAUCUCUGUACUCUUUGGUGUCGUCUUCACCCUCAAUACCAUCUCCACCUCUGACGCCCGGUCCCGAGGAAGAGAGCUUCGCGGACGCGCAACGCAGGCCGGUGCAUCUCACGCUCGAUAUCAACGGCCUUCAUCCGGAUUACUAUGCGGCCAACAUGGACAUGCUCUCCGCACACUCGUCGAUAAUGCAGACGGCUCGCGACUCGGCGCACUUCGAUCUCGACAAUCCUUACGCGGCGUUCUACUACGCCGAGUCGGAGAAGAUGAUCACGUCGCCGACGGACGUUGCGAUGACACCCACCGAGUACGAGUUCGACGACGACGACAUGGACGCUCUCUCCGCGUACGACUACCCGACUGCCGAUACUUACAACCCGCUCGGUGUAGCCGAUCAGACGAACGCUCGUCCAGAGUCGCCCUGUCUGGGUCUCGACCUUUUUCCCGCAUCCCCGGCCGCCGUCGAUGCCACAUUCGACGACGCGUCGGCUCUCAAUUGGAGUACAGUCCCCUCGAACCCGUCGUCGCCCGCGCAGACUCCUGCCUAUUCCUUUCUCACCUUCACCACCACUACCUCCCCCGCCCCAAGCGAGGUCCCGUCCUUUUCUUUCGGGGAGUCCACUCCCAAUGCUUCGAAUUCAGACAAGCUGGGAACAACGCUCGGUUCGUCGUUCCUCGUUCACCCCGCCGCUCAGUCGACGCCGGCCAGCUCGCAGGCGCGCUCCCGUUCUCGCUCCCGUUCACGAUCGCACAAGUCUCGACUCCUCAACCCCGUCCGUUUGGCAUUCACCCGACGAUCCCGCUCGCCUUCCCCAUCCGCAUGCCUCGGUCCCGCCGACCGGCAGGUCGAGCACGGUGGUAGUGCGUCAGCUCAGCAGCAGCAGUUUGUCACGCACUGGACGCUCUCGAAGUCCGUAUCACCGGAUCACCCACCGUCGCUCGCCUGUUUUGCGUCACCUGCGCCUUCUCCUCCGCAGUCUUCUCCGGCUGGCGCAGGCGCCAGUACAGGUGUGCAGGAGAAGGACGCGCUUGGCAUGAGGCGGCGCAACACGAAACGCAGGCUCCGGUCGGCGAAAGACUGGUUCUCGCCGGGUAGACUGUUUGCCGCAGUCAUGCCGUCGCCGUAGAGCUCUUUGUAUUUUGUUCGGCCUUUUUUCCUCGGAACUCUGAAAAUCGGGGCGCCCUUGCAUUGUUCCGUUCAUAGCACGCAUCUAUCUACAUUUGCAUCGCACACGCACUUCUAUCUUAUUCUUUGCAUUCACCACACGCACCGUAUCUUUAUUCUUCACUGUGUACUGUUGUUGUAUCAGUAUACUGCCACUAGUAGAACGCUGCCGUUUUGUACACUACUAUGAGCCACAUGCCACAAUAUGCACACUAUGCCCAAC